UUCGUCCCCUUCGGCCUUCGCCAAUUGCAGAUCGCCAAAAUUCCCCACGCCCGGCUCUUCUUCACUCGAGCCAAACCCCCCUCAACUCUCAACCGCUGAACGCAGAGUUCUCGACCUAGCACGCGCGGCCGCCGCCGCAGCCCUCAAUGGCGUCCCUUUUCAAGGACCCGAGCAAGCUUUCGGCGUACAGGGACCGUCGAUUCAAGGGGACGCAGGAGGAGUAUGAGGCGACGCUGCUUGCGUCGACUACGCUGUACAUUGGGAACAUGUCCUUCUACACCACGGAGGAGCAAGCCUACGAGCUCUUCUCCCGCGCCGGCGAGAUCAAGAAGAUCAUCAUGGGCCUCGACAAGAACUCCAAGACCCCAUGCGGUUUCUGCUUCGUGCUGUACUACUCUAGAGAGGAUGCUGAAGAUGCUGUCAAAUACAUUAGUGGAACGAUGCUUGAUGAUCGUCCAAUCCGUGUUGAUUUCGAUUGGGGCUUUGAAGAAGGCAGGCAAUGGGGCCGUGGACGAAGUGGUGGACAAGUCAGAGAUGAGUACCGUACAGAUUAUGAUCCUGGAAGAGGUGGUUAUGGUAAGAUGGUUCAGAGGGAACUAGAAGCACAAAGAGAAUUAGUUGACUAUGGUGGAUCUUUUCAACCGAAUGCACCACCUCCCUAUGAGAGAGGUGAGCGGAAGAGAGGAUACGGAGAUUCUCAUAGGAAUGACAGAGGAGAUUACCAGCGGAAACGCUAUCGGAACGACGACCGGUCGGCACCAGAGGAGUCCAAGAGAGCACCAGACUCUGAUCCAGCGGAGAAGAAUCCCAGAUUCCGUGAGAAAGGUGACUCUGAUGAAGAAGAGGAUGACUACGACAAGAGACGUCGUCGCUAGCGAUGUGUGGAUCAGUUGUUGCUACAUGCAACAGUUCUGGUAUCCAGUCGCUGCAGAAGAGUCCACAGCUAGCAGCAGUAUCCGGAUUUCGCCCUGUUGUACAACAGUCUUUGUUCGUCGGUCGGCCGUUCCUCCUUUUCUAGUACUCCUAUCAUCUGUUAGCCUGAAUGUGCGUUGGUUUUACAUGUGGCUUUACAGUGAGCCUAAUCUGUAUGUUUGCUGCUGAUGAAGACUAUACUGAGACCGAUGCAUAUAUGAAUUCUAAAUUAUUAUUACCUAAUCCUAACUAAUCUUUUUCCUA